UUUCUUUCAACGACUCAAUUUCUCCCUCGUCAGAUCGCGCUUUCGUGGUUGCCAACGCGCAGCAUGACUGUCCCAUUAUCUUCGUCAACGAGGGGUUCUGCAGAAUGUCAGGCUUCUCUCGGGCCGACGUCAUGCAGAGGACGUGCACGUGUGACUUCCUGUACGGCCCUUUGACAUCCUCGCAGGCCAUCCAGCAGGUGCAGAACGCCCUGGCCACCGCGCAGGAGGUGCUGGUGGAGGCGCUCUACUACAAGAAGGAUGGGACGAAGUUCAUGUGUCAGACAACGCUGUACCCAAUCAAGAACGAGGAUGGCGACACGUGCAUGUUCAUCGUUAACUUCCAAGACCUCACAGCGAAGCCGGAGGAGGAGGACGACGACGAGAGCCCUGCGCCUGACACCAUUCAGUCCAAGUUCAACAGGGCAAGAGCUUCCUUCCGCCAGUCUCUCCGCAUGGGGUCUCUUCGGCGCGGCAAAUCCCCGGCGUCCAGCUCCUCGUCCACGCCCGGGGCACGCAUGGAGCCCAUCUUGGACCACCCCUCUGAGGAACCCCACGAGGACGAAGGCGAGGAGGAAGGCGACGACGAGAACGCGAACUCCUGCCGAGAGGUCAAAGAAAACGAGCAGUCGGAUCCACUGCUGGGAUCCCUGUCUGGCCUCACCACUUCGCCCUCUCACGCCGCCACCACCACAACCACCACCACCACUAUGGCCCCUUCAGAUGGUGGUGUGGCCUCCUCCUCCCCGCAUAGACACUCCCCUCGCCCCUCGCACCCUGCUGGAGGGGGAGGCGCAGGGUCGCUUAGUAUUCCCAGUAGAUCUGAAGGCGUGGGCGGGACCUCUGAGCUACAGGUGUCUCCAAGCACUGCCACGCCUGCCACUCUUAUAGUAUCCACUCAUAGUGAUAAUAAGUCUGCAUUCGACGCCCUCCACGUGAACCGCCCCUCGCUCGCCGCCUUCUUCGAGGACCGCAAGACCUCUCUGCCCAUCUGGCGCAGGAAGGACUCGGCUGCCUCCAGGAAGGACUCCCUCGCCACUACGACCUCCAAGACCUCGGAAAGAGUCGGGUCCUUUGCCGAGGAGGGUGGAGGGCGGGCGCACAACAGCAUGCGGUCCGCUACCUCGCUGGAUGCCAUCAGUCACAACCGCAUCACACACCCUGGCCGGGACUUCCCCUCACGCUCCGCCACCAUCUCUACAAAAGAGCAUUUCGAGGAAGUAGCGAGUCAGUCUUCCCAGUCACUUAACAGUUUGUUCCCCAGCGCCCACACCCAGCCUGGUCUCUACGGCCAGAAACACAAGCCAUACACCCUCGACACCCUUGUACCAGCACGUAACAACAUCUUCAAGAAAUUCCCCAACGCUUCUUCUGAGUCUGACCUGUCCCGCUACCGCACCAGACUGCCGGGGCGCGACCGCAAGAGUCCCUCCCUCAGCAACCUGACGGCGGACGGCAUCAGGCACAAGUUUUCGUUUCAAGACCCCAAUGCCGCCAAGGGCCUCUUCCCCAACGCCUCCAAAGGACACCAGAAGAUCGACAAAGUGGCGCACGUCGGCCAGGUGGGGCGAGGUUCGUGCAUGCUUAUUUCACGCCAUGGAGGAUUAUUCUACGGUUUACUCCAUUCCUGAUUGUUUUUGUUCCCUGGUGCUUCAAAGAUGGAGCAAGAUAGUGUUACGUUUCCACCCGCCCGGAGAACAUUAACGAGGACAACAGGAAGGACAAACGAAAAGCUGAAUUUAAGACGCCGUAACUAAACUUCUCAUGCUCCUGCGCUGCGAAAUUAUAAAAGAAAAUGUUUAAAGAAAUUUUUUGCUCCAGCUGGAUCAAAUUUUAUACGCUAGAAUUAAAUGAAUAAGGCAGGCUUUAUUAUGAACAGGGAAAAUAAUGCAUGAAUUCCUGGAUUAUAGAUAGCAGUGAAUUCAAAUAUUGGUACUCGGCAGCAUGAAGCAGAACACACACAAACACACACACACACACACACACACACACACAUACACGAGAGAGAGAGAGAGAGAGAGAGAGAGAGAGAGAGAGAGAGAGAGAGAGAGAGAGAGAGAGAGAGAGAGAGAGAGAGAGAGAUGCUGUGCCAUUUCCCUCACCCUUUUUUUAUCAUACAAAUUAGAAAAUACAAACUAUACAUAGCGCCACGCCUUCCCCAUCCCUUUUCCCUCCUGAGUAAAUCCCGGAAAGACCACAAACUUACAUACAUACAUACAUACAUACAUACAUACAUACAUACAUACAUACAUACAUACAUACAGACACGUUGGAGGCGCCUGACGAUGGCUGCGAGGACACGGCGGGCAGGAGUAGCUUUCUAGAACAAGGCGUUACUAUUUCCUUGCGAUUGGGAAGGAAAUAUAAAGGAAAUAGAUAUCAGGUUUGUUUUAUUUCGUAUUGGUUGAUGUCUCCUUCCUUGCGAGAGUUGAAGUGGUGUGUUCUUCGCUAGACAAAUACGCAGCAAGGCUUUUCUUGCAUUUUUUUGGAGGAAAUGUAAAUGAAAUAAUGAUGGGUUUAGUUUGUUUUGUCUGUUAGUCUGUACAUGUUUCCCUGUCUGCGAAAGUUGAAUUGCUUUCGGUAACGAGGAGUAUUUUUUUAUUUACUUGCAUUUUUUUUUAAAGGAAAUGUGAAGGAAAUAAAUAUUAGCUUUGUUUUUGUUUUGCUGUUUUGUUAAUGUUUCCUUGUUUGCGAAAGUUGAAGCGGUAUAUUUUGAUUCUUAUAGCUAGGAAUGUCCUUCCCUAGGCACACACACACACACACACACACACACACACACACACACACACACACACACACACACACACACACACACACUCACACACACA